AUACUCAAUCUUUCAUUCUUCUGCAUUUGGCAUUCGGCGUCGAAGGUCGUGUUUAGACCUUAGAUUUUAGUUUAUUGUUACUUAUAAGUCUAUAUUUAGUCAUUAUGGCCUCUAACGAUAAUUUUGCACAAGAUGUUACUGAAAACCAAGUGAAUGGAAAUGGAGAAAACGGUGGAGGUGAUGGUCAAGAACAUAACAGCGCCGACGCCCCAGGACGCGAUGACGACAGAAAACUUUUUGUUGGAGGGCUCAGCUGGGAAACGACAGAUAAGGAAUUGCGUGAACACUUCAGUGCGUAUGGAGAAAUUGAAAGUAUCAAUGUCAAGACAGAUCCUAAUACAGGAAGAUCGCGAGGCUUCGCCUUCAUUGUAUUCAAAGCCCCCGAUUCCAUUGACAAAGUGAUGGCUGCUGGAGACCACACAAUUAACAAUAAAAAAGUAGACCCAAAAAAAGCGAAGGCUAGGCAUGGGAAGAUAUUUGUUGGAGGUCUUAGUAGUGAAAUCUCUGAUGAUGAAAUCAAGAACUUCUUCAGCAAUUUUGGAAAUAUUAUCGAAGUCGAGAUGCCUUUCGAUAAAACAAAGAACCAGAGGAAAGGUUUCUGUUUCAUAACAUUUGAAUCCGAGCAGGUGGUCAAUGAACUCCUCAAGACACCAAAACAGACCAUUGCUGGCAAAGAGGUCGAUGUUAAGAGGGCGACGCCUAAACCCGACGGCCCUGGAGGCAUGGGCGGGCGAGGAGGACGCGGGGGCCGCGGAGCUCGCGGGGGACGGGGUGGCCGCGGCGGCUACGGCGGUCAGGGCGCCUGGGGCAACCAGGGGUAUGGCGGCUAUGGCUACGGUCAGGGAGGAUACGGCGGCGGAUACGACGGCUACGGGGGCUAUGGCGGAUACGGAUACGACGGCUACGGGGGCUACGGCGGAUACGAUUACUCCGGAUACCCCAAUUACGACUACGGCGGGUACGGAGGGUACGAGGGAGGCUACGGCGCGCGGGCUGCUCCUCGGGGGAAAGCAGGUUACCAGGGCGGCAAGCAGCGCGGGGGCGGCGGCGGCGGCGGCGGCGGUGGCCGCGCCAACCAGAGGCACCAGCCAUACUAGACACUACCAGUACCUGCCCAUAGUCAUCUCAGUCCAAUAGUAAGGUUAAGCGAUCGGUCAUGAGCGUCCCCCGCGCCGCGCGUCGCCGGUCGGCCGUGUCGUGGGUGUCGUGGGUGUCGGGGAGGCGUCGUUCCAUUCCACAUGAUUAAUUUAAGAAGUCUUUUUAAGAAAUUUUAAGAAUAAAGUAAAUAGUCGGUCAUGUGACGCGACCGCUUCGGAACGGUCGACGCAUGGAAUGAUCAUAAUAUAGUAUGGAUUAUAGAUUAACUGAGUAUUAUUGCUGAUUAGAUUCAAUUUUGACAUUUUAGUAUCGAAUCUUACCUUUUUAAACCGAUUCUAUAGAGUAAUGAUAAUAAUUAUACAGAGCUUAAAGUGUAGUGUCGUAUGUGUGAGGAGCCCUGUCCGCGUGUCUGUGUGUGUCCGUGCGUGUAGGUGUGUGUGUGUGUCGGUGAGAGUACAGCCGCGGUCCACUCAGCGAUGACUGUCUGGAUCUCAUUGCAGAAUGUUGUAGAUUUGUAAUUUUUCUUGGUAAUGUAACAUGGAAAUUGGAAUCAUGUAUUUUAUACAAAGUAGUCGUUUCUUCCAUUUUGUAGGGAUGAAAAUUAGUUUAAGGUAAAUGUUCAUGAACAAACUCUGGAGAUGUAGGAUUGUAUGUCGGAAUAUAACGAUAUGUAAAUAAAAAGUUGACGGUUGUCAUUGAGUUUCCGAUGUCGAGAGCUCUGUACAAUGUUUAGUCUAAUUUUAUCAAUCUUUAAUUAAAAUAAAAACCUCUGAAUCUAUUUUUAAGUACUUAAAUGUUAUACAAUACACACGAAGCUUUAUUUUUCUGAAAAGUUUGCAUUCUGAAAUCUUACCGUCUGGGUAAAAAUAUAAGAAUAAGUCUUGUCAGUAUCGAACUUGUAAUUUGGCAGAAGUUAACAAUAAAAAAUGUAUAAAAGAA